UAAAUAUUUAGUAGGAGCUGAACCGGCACACAGGUUUUGGGUGGCUCUCAGUAUAUAUAUUUAUAGAGAGAGUGGUAUAUAUACCUUUUUCUUCUGUGUUUACUCUUGAAUCGUUUUGUAUUUGUGCUAAGGAAAAUCAACCUAGUUCUUUUGGCAUCCAACAGACGUCGGAGAUCACCUGCCGGUUCACCCGCUUCCUGUUGCACGGUUGCUCAACGUGAUCUGUUGGACCUCAACGGCAACGUGGUAACGGUAGUCCUGGCAAAAGCCCAGAGCCUUCAGAAGAGGGAGCCGUAUCAGAGAGACCUGCCCCAAACGGGACAAGAGGCCAUGGAUAGAAAGGUGGAAGGUUCUCUCAACGGCCGUGGGCAAAACUAUGAAAUCCAGCCUAGCAAAAACCUGGAGGGUUGCGUCAGAGCCGUAGAGGAGAAGCUGGUGACUUUGGGCUUGGAGGAAGAAGCAGCUGAAGAAGGUGACGAAUAUGUGAACGUGUGCCAGAGCGGGUUGAUGAUCUACAGAGAACUGCACGACAAGCUUUUUGAGCAUCAGAAGGAGGGCGUUGCCUUCCUCUACAGCCUCUACCGUCUGGGUCGGAGGGGCGGCAUUCUGGCGGAUGACAUGGGUCUGGGCAAGACCAUCCAGAUCAUUGCUUUUCUUUCAGGAAUGUUUGAUGCCGAUCUCAUUCAGUCGGUUCUGCUGAUCAUGCCCGUUACUCUGGUGAACAACUGGAUGCAGGAGUUUCUCAAGUGGGCCCCGGGAAUCCGGGUGAAGGUCUUCCACGGGACCAGCAAGAAAGAGCGCGGCCAAAAUCUCGAGCGAGUCCAGAGGAAAAACGGGGUCUUGCUCACGUCGUAUCAGAUGGUCCUCGCCAACUGGGAGCAGCUCGGGAGAUUGGACCAGCAGAGGUUCGUGUGGGACUACAUCGUCCUGGACGAAGCCCAUAAAAUAAAAACACCGUCAGCAAAAACAACAAAAUCUGUCUAUGCCAUCCCUGCUAAAAAUCGCAUCCUUCUUACGGGGACCCCCGUGCAGAAUAACCUACGGGAGCUUUGGGCCCUCUUCGAUUUUGCCUGUCAAGGAGCCUUGCUUGGCACGGCCAAAACUUUCCGGAUGGAAUACGAGAAUCCCAUCACGAAAGCACGAGAGAAGGACGCCACUCCAGGAGAGAAGGCUCUGGGGCUUAAGAUCUCGGAGAACCUGAUGAGUAUCAUACAGCCAUAUUUCUUGCGGCGAAGUAAAGAUGAAAUACUGAAGCUGAAAUCCAAAAGAGCCAGUUGUCCACCUGGCAUGGACAGAGGCUACGUUGCCCUUGAAAUGCCUUCUCUUCCGAGAAAAAAUGACUUAAUCGUAUGGGUUUACUUGGCGCCCAUGCAGGAAGAGAUCUACAGAAGCUUCCUCUCCUUGGAUCAUAUUAAAGCGCUGUUGAUGACAAACCGUUCUCCGUUGGCCGAGCUGACCGUGUUGAAGAAACUCUGUGAUCACCCCAGGCUCUUAUCGGCUCAAGCUUGCAUCCAGCUUGGCUUGGAGGUUUCGGAUUAUUCCGAGCAGACCGAGGAGGGAGAAGGAACGGAUUCGGACAUGUUCCGAGAAAUCAAGAAAGUCUCCUACAAGACUCUGAUCGAGGAAUCAGGAAAGCUAACAUUCCUCAUAGCGUUGCUGGAGAAGCUGCAGGAAGAAGGCCAUCAGACGCUUGUGUUCUCCCAGUCGAGAAAAAUGCUGGAUAUAAUUGAGCACAUCUUGACUCAACGGCGCUUUAAGCUGAUGCGCAUUGAUGGGACGGUGACUUGUUUAGCAGAACGGGAGAGCAGGGUUGGAGAUUUCCAGAAGGACAAAGGCUACUCGGUCUUUCUCCUCACGACUCAGGUCGGGGGCGUGGGACUCACGUUGACGGCAGCCACCCGCGUGGUGAUCUUUGACCCCAGCUGGAACCCUGCUACGGAUGCGCAAGCCGUAGACCGAGCAUACCGGAUUGGCCAAAAGGAGAACGUCGUGAUCUACCGACUGAUCACCUGCGGGACAGUAGAAGAGAAGAUCUACAGGCGUCAAGUCUUCAAAGAUUCGUUGAUACGCCAAAGCACCGGAGACAAGAAAAACCCGUAUCGGUACUUCACCAAGCAGGAAUUAAGAGAGCUUUUCACGCUGGAGGAGACCAGGAGCUCAGCCACUCAAAUCCAGCUCCAGUCUCUGCACGCCCGUCAGAGGAAUUCUGAUCCGCAGCUGGACGAACACAUUGCGUAUCUCCACACGUUGGAGAUGUUCGGCAUUUCCGACCACGACCUCAUGUACACGUGCGAGACGGGUCACGAGGAACAAGCUGAAGAUGAGGAGGCCCAUCGGUACAUCGAACACAGGGUUCAGAAGGCUCAAGAAUUGGUCCAGCUAGAAUCGCAGCUCACAAACGUCAAGUACCAGCAGCCUCGCUUCUCGUGAAUCUCCGGUCUACUUCCCAACCAAGUUGCGUCCAACACAACGGAAAGCAUUCACAAGCUCCAUUCCAGGCACCGCAACGGCCAUGUUGUCUUCUCAAGUCAGAGUUAUUUAUAAUACCUGCCCGGCCCAAGAUGGAUGGGUGCAGUUUUCUCUCCGUCUCCUUCUCCAGUGACUCCUCUCCCAGUGGAGCUAAACUGAUUUUUGUCCCACAACUCCUGUCUGGUAGUAACCAGCCGGUCGGUCUAGUAACCUCUAAGCCAGUGGUUCUUAACCUUGGGUUACUCAGAUGUUUUUGAACUGCAACUC